AUGGCCGUCGUUCAGAUAACGGUGGUGUGUGGAAUGCUGACAAUGUGCAUUGAGGGAUACCGGCUUCUGAAGUGCCUCUUGAUGUUGGUGGUGACGAGAGGGUUCGUGGUUCGACCUCCAACUUUGCGACCGGAAGAGUUCGUCCCAAGGUCUGUGUCAGCACAUCAAGGCGAAUCUACUUUCGCUUUCUGGGGAGGUCGACAUGCCAAUUUCUUCUUCGUGUCGGUAGAAGAAAGUGGAGGGGCCGCUGGUCGGUUAAGGAGAGGCUCCUUUUAG